CUUUCUACACGCACGUGCGUUUUGUCAGAUUCCUCUACAGCCGCUCGGGCUCUCGUACGCAUGCGCGCUGGUCGUAGUGUCAUCAUCCCCAUCCCCAGAAGUUCUCCAGUCUGUGGUACCCCGAGCUGCCGGUGGACCAACGUGUAACCGUCGUCAAGAGCAAGGACACCCCGGGCGACACUCACACACGACGAACCGAGCCUCCACGGGACACCGCCGACCCGCCGAACAACCGCGUGGCAGGGUGACCUGUAGAAAGACAAGCACUCGACCUGGUUUUAUGCAAACGUCCACCCUCCUGGUUUGCUUUGGUUUUGAUUCCUGAUCCCAGUGCACCUGGUCGGGCCUUUUCUUCUCCUCUGAACCCGGCUGUCCUCCUGCUGCGGCAUUUGACUUAAUCUCCUCCUUCUUUGUCUUCUUCUUCUUCCUCGUGAGAAGACAUGCCUCCAGCUACGGGUGGGCCUGUAGGGUACACCCCUCCUGAAGGUGGCUGGGGCUGGGCGGUGGUGGUGGGGGCCUUCAUCUCCAUUGGCUUCUCCUACGCCUUUCCCAAAUCCAUCACUGUGUUCUUCAAAGAGAUAGAGGUCAUCUUCAACGCCACACCCAGUCAGGUGUCCUGGAUCUCCUCCAUCAUGCUGGCUGUCAUGUAUGCUGGAGGUCCAAUCAGCAGUAUCCUUGUGAACAGAUUUGGCAGUCGACCAAUCAUCAUGCUCGGAGGCUGUCUGGCAGGGUCGGGACUGGUCGCGGCCUCCUUCUGCAACACUGUGGAGCAGCUCUACUUCUUCAUAGGAGUAGUGGGAGGUUUGGGACUGGCAUUCAACUUGAAUCCAGCUCUCACUAUGAUCGGUAAAUACUUCUACAUUCGUCGGCCCAUCGCCAACGGCAUCGCUAUGGCAGGCAGCCCCGUGUUUCUGUCCACCCUGGCUCCUCUCAACUCCUGGAUGUACGAUCAGUUUGGGUGGAGAGGCAGCUUCCUCAUCCUGGGAGGACUUCUGCUCAACUGCUGCGUGGCAGGCUCCCUCAUGCGCCCCAUCGGACCCAAACCUCAGCCGCCCAAGCCAGACACAGAGUUAGGCGAGGCCAAGGCGGUGGUUUCAGUACAGCCACAGCCUAAGAAGACAGUCCUGCAGACCAUCAACUCCUUCAUCGACCUGACGCUGUUCAAACACCGCGGCUUCCUGCUGUACCUGAGUGGCAACUUCAUUAUGUUCUUCGGCCUCUUUGCUCCGCUCGUCUUUCUCUCCAAUUAUGCCAAGAGUAAGGAUAUCAGCAAAGAAAAGGCGGCCUUCCUGCUGUCGGUGCUGGCAUUCGUUGAUAUGUUUGCCCGGCCCUCCAUGGGCAUGCUGGCCAACACCAAGUGGGUCCGGCCCAGGGUGCAGUACUUCUUCGCCGCUGCCGUCCUCUACAACGGAGUGUGUCACGUGCUGGCGCCACUGUCAGUGGACUACACUGGAUUUGUGAUCUACGCCAUCUUCUUUGGUUUCGCUUUUGGCUGGCUGAGUGCGGUGCUGUUCGAGACACUGAUGGACCUGGUGGGAGCUCAGAGGUUCUCCUCAGCCGUGGGUUUGGUCACUAUAGUGGAGUGUGCGCCGGUGCUGCUGGGCCCACCGCUAACAGGUAGUUUCUAUAACUACUAUAACCACUACGACUACACCUACAUCUCCUCUGGCAUCAUCCUCAUCGUCGCAAGUGUGAUCCUCUUCGUGGGAAUGGGCAUCAACUACCGCCUGUUGGCGCAAGAGAAGAAAGAGGAGGAGAGAAAAGAGAGGGAGGAGCCCAAGGAGGAGCGCACCGCCAUGUUAGCGCCUCCCUCUCCGUCAAAAUCAGUCGAGGAGGCUGAGGAGAACAACGUACCAGCCGCUGUCACACUGGAAGACGUCGCCAAGAUGGACGAGGACACAGUGUAGAGAAUGUAAAAAAAAAACGGACUCGAGAAGGAUGCACACACCUCACAGAAACACACACGAGAGCUGCAGUUACUCAGUACAACCACACACCGUCUUUAUAACCUUGUACACAACCCUGAAGCCAUAGAAACAAUUACUUCUAUCAUUAAAAACCGAGACCUGCUGCUGUGACGUUCAGCUUAACUGGCCGUAAAACUCGUCAAGCAACUUUUCACAGCGUUGAGACCUCUGGUUUUGGUAUUUGUGCCUUUUGGUGAACUCAAAUCCUUCAGGAGCGCCGCCCCCAGAUAGAUGCACAGCAGACAGAGUGUAAGAUAAAAAUCCAGUAAACUAAUGAGGACUUUACUCUCAGGGUCAGCUGCCGUAAAGGUUCAGAACCUCACACAGAAACAAACCCACUCGGCCUCGACUCUGCUUCAGUCAAACAGGCUCAGAGUCAAACAGUAGAUUUUUGUUACAGUACGUAGAGAUGCUGUACAUUUCCCCUGAUAUACUACACAUGCACGCUGGCAUUGCUUCACUCCUCAAGGGCUGGACAUAAAUAAAGUAAAAGGACACAUUCAUGUUACUGUCGGCGCAGUAAAUCUGUUCACGUAUUAGUUUAGAGUGUGGAGUUUUGAGUUUAGAGUUAUGACUUUUCUAUGGAUUUAUGCAGAAGACAAUAACAAUUUGGGAAAAAGAAAUCUGGAAGUUCACCACCACACAGGGAGAAGUACACUAUGUCGGCAGUAGUAACGUUUUCAACCCUUAGUCAACGUCAUAAGGCACAAAAAUUGAGCAAUGCUUAAAAAUACAAAGAUAUAGUAAAGUAAGGAAGUUGAAAACUAAGUAGGAAUCUUUUGGUCACUGUUAAUGGUGUGCUUGUACAGAAAUCUGAGUGCACUUUUUGUGUGUGUAAUUUUGUAUCAUACACCCCUCUAACCAAAGCAGCUCAUCAUGCAUCGUUGUAUUGAUAGACACAUGUGAACAAAAACGCUCACACAGUUGCGCUCCUCCGCCCCACAGCUCUACCUGCUGUGUAAACCAGCAGGAUGAGACCACUCACUCGUAUUAAAUGACACCACAUGCUGUUUUUUGGGGGAAUAAGAGGCUGUGAUCGUACCAGAUCGGUGGGUUUACUGGGUGUGUAUGUGACCUGCCCGGCUGUGGUGACAAAAUGGUAACAAAAAAAAAAGAAAUCUCGCUCUGAAACGAAAAAGAUCCUAUUUUUUCAUCAUUUUGGAUUAUAGGAGUCGCAGUAUACCCUAGUGUCGUUUUUUUAAAAUUGUGAAUAACACGUUGUAGUUUACAGUUAUAUCAACAAACCUUUGUAAUAAAAACAAAAUCUAUUUUAGCUCACUGUAUAUGACAAUCUGACAACACGUAACCUUUUUAAUGGAUUUUGAUGUAUUUGGAUGAAAGUAAAAGCGUGUGCGUGUGAGAGACGAUGUGUGUUUGUCAGCGGUUUAAACUGUAGCCAGGUUUCAUCAUUUAAUUUGUUUGAGAUUCAGCCGCUGCAUUAUCAACACGUUUGUGUCUAAACUGUACAGAAUGUGUCAUAUCAGAUCCCCAUUGUUAAAAUUGAUCACACAUUGAUCGGUGACUGGGUUUACUGCCAACACGAACUGCUGACGUUUGUCGGAGAAGCUUUUGUUUGAGGACCCGUUCUGUGUCCAGACUCGAGGGAACAGGAGACGCAAGGCUGCCCUCUUCAGCCUGAAUAAGCUUCCCCUCAUUGUCUCUUAAUAAAUGGAGGUUUUACACGAUUCACUAAUUGGUAUAGAUGUUUUAACUUUUAAUGUUUUAUUCUUCUAAAUAAAGCUUAGUUAAAAAAAAAAUGUUUAAGGCAAUUUUUGCAACAAUGAAAAUCAGUUAUUUUGAAGGAAGGUUCAGUGUUUGUGCACCUUUUUUGUUUUUAUUUUUUUUUUAAAGAUUUAGACUGAUGAUUUAGACUUGAAAUGUUAAUAAUAUCUACCCUGAGCUUGAUAAAAAUACUAUAAAGUAUGGAUAUAUUCUAUAUUGUUUCAUACCAACAAUGAAUUGAUCCUACUAACAAGUAUUGUGUGUGUAGACAAAGCCUGAAAUAUCUCAUUCCUCUGUGUCAUAGAGCUCCAUUGCUGUCCAGAAAGUAUGGCGCUGUCUGAAAUCGCUCUUCUCCAUUCAUUCACUAUUCUCUAUAUAAUAAAAGAUCAAUAGAUUAUCUGUAGUUUGCAGUAAAUUGACAUGUCAGACAGUUAUGGAUCCUCAUCAGUUUGUGUCGUCACUGACAGGUGUGUUCGCUUGUGUAAAAUGUGACCGAUCGCAUUGUGGGAUUGUCAUCAGAAAGUAGUGCUCAUGCCUUUCUUUUUGUUCCAUUGUGGGAAUUUUUGAGGGAACUAUACUGCACAGUGCAAUAACUCUACGCUCUGAUACAGCGCUCUAAUAAAAUGGCGGACAGUAAAUAAUAGGGCACCAUGUAGGUAAUUCCGGACACAGCCGAAUACAACCCAAUCAAUAAGCCGACCAUUGCUCUGGGUGACAUGUACCUACAUUACUAUUUACGAACACUCGGCCCCACUUACACUUCCUGCUGCUGUAAGUACUCAUUAAUGUGUAUUCAUCCACGGCAGAAAAUAGUCCCCAACAAAUGCACCAUUUCCUCCUGUUUGAGUAGCGUUUGCUAAAAACUACAGAUUCCAGCGGUUUUUAAGAAAUUGCUGAGCCUUUUUAAAAACGUUUUGUAUCUGUGACCUUUUUUAAAAAGAUUUACAGAACAAUUGGGCUUUAGUGGGUAAGGAAGCCAGAAAGUAGUGAGAGACGGACUAACACAUUGCUGGUUUUUAUCUUUUCAUGGUAUUUGUUGACAACGACAAAAAUGUAGAAUAUCACCAGCUUUAUCCCUCUAUAAUCUGAAGGAAAUUGUUUAAAUGAAAGAUGUUAUGUUUCUGUAAUGGAGCACUACUUUCUUUAUACCUGAUUGGGUGGUCAUUCAGUCUGAGAUUUCCCUCUUCACAGAGAAAAAUGUCUGUGUAGAUCACAUUUUGUAUUUAAGUGGGAAUGUAAAUGAAUAUGUGGGAAAGGGUGUACAUUUUACACUGUAUGCUGUCUUUUUUUUGUUUGAAAGAGUUUUUGGUAAUUAUACUGACCAAAUGCAAGUAUUAGUUUUUAAAACCAAUUAAUUACAAAGUCUAGGUUGUUGUCUAAAAGUAAAUGUUAUUUGAUUUUGACAAGUAUUUUUUUAAGGUAUUGUUGGUACCAGUGGGAGAAUAGUUUCUCUCUCGUUCUACUUUAUGUACCCACUUCUUCUACAGACAUGAAUUUGAAGCAUAUUUAUGUUCAGGUCAGUGAACGGGUCCAUAUUUGAGAGGAAAGAGUAGAGAAAUUAGCUGCAGACAGGCCUGCUGCCUCAGUGUGCCCACAUUCCCCUGCACUAAACCCUGGUUUUCCUUCAGUUACAGCAGACUGACACUCAGGACAUUAUGGGUAUAUAAUAUGCUGUUAUUCAACGGGCGAGUUUGAUUUACGGAUUCAAAAUGGACUAAAACCUUCACUUAUUUUGCCUUUUGAGAUGAGUAUUUGAAAAGGAAAGGUGACACUGAAAAACUUCAAGUAAACCAUUUAAUUGAAACACUGAAUGUUUUCCAGUACAGGGUUUUUUAAAAAAACAAAACAGUACUGUAUAGCCACAGCACCUUUUUGUGUUUAAAACAAAACAAUUGUAUUAAGUUUCUGGAAAAUAACAUGACUUUUUUUUGUGCCAAUAGAUGUUUUCAUGUUUUAUAUGUGCAAAGUGUUUUUAUGACAGGGGAGAGAAUGAAUAAACGUUUUUUUUAAAACAAA